AAUCAUACUAUGGGGAACUCAAGCCGUGAAAAGAUGAAAACAUACAACAGUGAGGCAUUUUCUCCGUUUAGUUGGACCGUAAUCAAUAUUUCAAAAAGUUACUCUAUCAAAAAUGUAACAUUUGAAUGUUUUUAUGCAAAUUGUAGACAAUUACUUGUAAAUGAUGGAUUUGACAUGAAAUCAUAAGUGUGGUUGAAGAUGUCGUGCAGUGUAAUUGAUAGACGUUCAAAUGAUGGAGGCAGCAACUCCGGAUGUCGAUUACGAGGUUCGACUGCUAGUCUAGCAGCCUCAACUGGAACAAUCAAAGGUUCUGGCCCUCAAGCGACCACUAGUAGUAGUUCUGUGUAUGCUCCCGAAGCCUCAGCAACAAAUAAUACUGGGGGUAAUGCUUCUGUACCGUUAAGACCUGCGAAACCGUGCUGCUUCUGUUGGUGUUGCUGCUGUAGUUGUUCUUGGAACAAAUGUUUAUUGAAAAACGUAGAAGAUAACGGACCUACAAAAAAUCCUAAUAAUAAGGAUUUACUUAACUGUGAUGGAGCACCUCCACCAACUCUUGAAGAUAUUAGAAGUUGGGGGAAAUCUUUUGAUAAACUAAUGCGAAGCUCAGCUGGUCGCAAAGUUUUUCGUGAUUUUUUGCGUUGUGAGUACUCUGAGGAGAAUAUUUUAUUUUGGUUGGCUUGUGAAGAAUUAAAGAAAGAAGCGAAUCCCGAUGUGGUUGAAGAAAAAGCGAGAUUUAUAUAUGAAGAUUAUAUUUCCAUCCUCAGUCCGAAAGAAGUAUCGUUAGAUUCAAGAGUACGAGAAAUAGUGAAUCGUAACAUGAUGGAGCCAACAAUUCAUACAUUCGAUGAAGCUCAAUUACAAAUAUAUACAUUGAUGCAUCGUGACAGUUAUCCACGUUUUGUGAAUUCACCAUUAUAUAAAAAACUCGCACAACUGACCAAUGGUAAUAAUGGGUCAAGUGAAAAUAGUACGACUGCUCCAACAUCUGGGGUUGGUGGUGAUAAUAGUAAUACCGGUGAUUGUGGUAGUCUUAAACAACCACAAAUCCAGCAGCAACAGCAAAAUGAAACCGAAAAACCAAAAAUAACUACACAAGGGAAACAAACAACAAUUAUCACUGGUGCAGGUGAUCAACAAAAAACAAUAAAUGCGACUUUAAGUGAUACUACUGGCAAAGCAUAAAUAAAUAAUUUUUAAAUUAAUAUAUUUAUUAAAAAUUGUAUGAUCGAGUGUUCGCCGAAUCGUUCAGCAUAAUCUAAAUAAUUUUAAAUCAAAUCAAAGUAUUUAAAUAAAUUUAAAAAAACAAAAAAACAAAACAAAAUUAAAAUGUACUAGAGGAACAUUUCCAACGAGUUUUUUCU